AUGGGGGAGAGUGGCUUGGCUCAGCGGUGGGGUGAGGUGCAGCAGGGGGAGCUGAAAAAGGAGGAGCAACACAAGGGGGAGCAGCAGAGUGGGGAGCAGCAGCGCGGGGGUGGGUGGGAGGGGGGUGCGGAUACGGGGAGAGCAGGGGGGAAUGGGAGGAAGAAGAGGAGGGCCAAGGCGAAGAGGCAGAGGCAGGAGCUGCUGCUCUCGUGUGGACUCAACUGGGGUCGUGCAGGCGCAAGCGGGCAAGGCGAGGUGUUCACGGGGGGUCAUGCUCCUGGCGCUUCCCCUCCUGCUCCUGGUGCUGCUGAUAAUCUCCCCCUGGCGUUGCCACCUCCCCAUCCUGCAGCGUCUGUGUUGCCAGAUGGCAGUGCGAGGGAUGGCAGUGCAAGGGAUGGCAGUGCGAGGGAUGGCAGAGGAGGAGGGCCGCAGGCAGGUGGAGGGGACGUGGGAGAAGGGGAAGGAGCGAGGGGGGAGUCAUGUGGGGAGGGGUUGGGGCAGGAGGCAGGGCGUCUAGCUUGGGGGGAGCAGAGAAGGCCGAAGCAGGAGACGGAGGAGUGGGAAGGGUUGCGAAUGGGCGUAGAUAGUGAUGGUGAUGCUGGGAGGGUGCUGCUGAACGGUGAGUACCAGGUAGGAGGCCCUGAGGGUGGGAUGGGGGAUGGGUAUGGUGGAGGUGUGGAGGGAACAAGGCAGGGAUUGGGAGGGAGAGGGGAAGGGGGCAGCGUGGAAAAGGAAGCAGAAGAGAAAGAGGAAGGCGGCUGCAAAGGCAGCAGCAGCGGAAGCAGGGACAAACGAGGGCAAGGAAGGAAAGAGCCACGGCACAGCAGCGGAAGCGUUGGAGUCGGAAGCACCAGGGCUACUGCAGCGGCAGCAGCAACAGCAGCAGCAGCAGGAGUAGCAGGAGCAGCCGCAGCAGAUGGAGCAGCAUCAGCCCCAGCGGCCGUUCCCUCUGACUUCUCCGAUCUGCAGAGGAUUCUCUCCAGGCUGUACUCGCACACGUGGGAGCGCCUGCCCGGGCAGGUGGGCGGUGCAGGGGGCGGAGCCGCAGGGUGGAAUCGCCCAGCGUACUGCGUGGAGAACCUUGUUGCUCUCAUCACCCAGGCGCACGCGGUGCAGCAGGCAGGGUGGCAGGUGUCGUGGGGAUGGUGUGGGGCAAUUCGCUGCUUCCUCUUUGUCUUCCCAGACCACAACAGGAUCAUACUGGAAGCGCCAGAGUACGGCAAGGCGACCUACUUCUUUGAGCUCGAGGCGGGGGUGGCGGUGCGCUGGCAGCUGCAGCGCCUGCUCGCUGUCUUUGGCGCCGCCUCCGUGUCGCGCAUCGACGUCAUCACCAACCUGCCCCUCGAGGUGGGAGUGGACCUGUCAGAGGAGGAGGCGGGGCGGUUGGAGCGGUACGGGUGGGUGCGGGGAACAGGCAUCGGUGAGCUGCUUAACUUCUGUGACCGCCUCCGCCACGACUACUCCUUCCCGGGCGCUCAGGCGGGCGCUCACAUGGGCGCUCAGGCAAGCGCUCACAUGGGAGGGGGGCAGCAGACUGUGGAUGAGGGGCGAGGGGCUGAGACGGGGACGGGAGGGGCGGCAGCAGGGCCGGUGCUCCCGCCUUCACCGCUACUGCCAGCAGCGGGCGUCACAGCACUCACAUGCUCUCAAGAGUGGUCUGCUGAUGCUGGCUGA